AUGAGCACAACACUAAACAUUGGAGGAAUCAAAUACAGAUACUUGGUAGAGGAACCAAUCUUGAACUAUGUGAGACAAGUUGGUAUGAGGGAGCAGUCAGUAUUAGAAGAAUUGAGAAAAGUUACAAUGGAAAAGCUUGGAUUGACUGGAUAUAUGCUGUCCUUUCCAGAACAAACUCAAUUGUUACAAAUGAUCAUCAAAUUGAUGGGAGCUUCAAAUAUUCUUGAUAUUGGUUGCUUUACAGGAUAUUCAGCUCUAAGCUUUGCAUUAGCAAGUGAAAAUGUUGGAGGAAAGGUAGUAACUUUAGAUAUUUCUCAAGAGUGGACCAGUAUUGGAAAACCAUACUGGGAAAAGGCUGGUGUUAGUGAUAGAAUUAAUCUUCGUUUGCAACCUGCAUUGGAUUCUCUUAAGGAACUUGAAAAGGAAGGACAACUAUUCGAUUUCAUAUACAUUGAUGCUGAUAAGGAUAACCAACUUGAAUAUGUUGAGUAUGCUUACAAGUUAUUGAGACAGAAUGGCUUGUUGGUUAUUGACAAUGUUAUUUGGUCCACUAAAGUGAUGGACAAGGAUGAUCAUUCUCCUGGUACUGACAUUAUAAGACAAAUGAACGAACAGUUACACACUGAUGAAAGAUGGGACAUAUCAAUGCAGGUUAUUGGAGAUGGAGCAACCUUCCUUAGAAAGAAGUAA